UUUUCUUUUUCUUUCAAAGAUAUGGGUCAAACAAGCACAAAACCAGAAACAAAUCUUCCACCUUCAGCUUCUACCAGCACUAUCACAACUCGCUUUAAACCCAGAAAGCACCUGUCUCGAGUAGAACUCGUUUCUAUUCAAUAUGUCUUUCGAGAUCUAAAGUCGACUUUUAAAGAUAGUUUCGAGUGUAUCGAAGCAAAACAAUUCUUGGAGCAUCUUCAUUUACCAAGUGAUAUUGAACCUGCAGGCGUACUUUUGUUUAAAGCAUUCUCCUAUUUAGGAUCGUAUCCUGCAUGCACAGCAUCUGGACCUGUACCUCUUUCUUUUGAUGCAUUUAUUGCUGCUUUUGUUGUGCUUAUUGGCAGAUUAGACAAAGAUGGAGACCCUAUAUCGGAAAGCAUGUUUUUUCGAUCUUUAUCUAUAUUACCCUCUCCUCAAGAAGAAGAAGAAAAACAAGUGAAUAAACCUUCUAAUGAAGACAUCAAUCAAGACACAAUGAAGAGUACAGGAUCAAAAGGGCUUUCAUUAGCAGAACUCGGUGUUGAUUUCGAUGUAGACUUUGAUACAAAGAACAGCAAUGAGGGUGAUACUGAAAAUAAUGCAUCAGAUAAAAUUUUAUGCAGAGAUUUAGUGGAAUUAUUUGUACUUUUAUUAUGGCUUGGACAAGUAGAUAAACAAGACGAGAUCGAUUUAGUUUUAAUACGUGAAACAGCAAAUAAAAUAGUAUCCAACAUUCAGACAACAGCCACAACAGACGAGUUGCCUUGUAUUUCUUAUCAACAAUUCUGCUAUUGGAAAGAUAGAUUUUCACCCCAUCUAUUUAAACCAUUACAAUCAUUCAUCAUUCGGUCGUUUGCUUAUUAUGACACAAACACGUCAUUGUUAAAAAGAGAAAGAGUGCUGCCAGAAGAUGCUACACCUGAACCUGAUACCACCGACAUUCUUUCCCCUCUCCAUACGACCUUAUUAUCGUGGUCACUUCCAGAACCCAUCUUGGUCACUAAACAAUGGACGCGUCUUUAUUCUGCUAAUAAAGACGGUUUCUCUAUGAAUCGAUUUGAAAGCCAUGUGUUCAAAUACCCAGGCCCUACUCUUUUGGUCAUCAAGGCCAAUGCCUCUGGUCAAGAAUUGAUGUUAGGCGCUUAUAUUGCACAAGCAUGGAAACACUCUAAACAUUUCUGGGGUAACGACCAAUGUUUCUUGUUUGAGCUCCAUCCUUCAUUUGACAUCUAUCGUUCUGUUCUAAAUCGACGCACUGGCCAAGCCCAAAAUGACCAUUAUAUCUAUUAUCAUCAUGAAUUUGGUAUUGGGUUCGGUGCUACAUCGAUAAAAUUACAACCACAAGGUUUUAUUGUUUAUCUCAGGAACUCUUUGCAACAAGGUGGGUAUCAGCAUGAAGCAUACCCUUCUCAGCCUAGUCUAAUAAGUGCUACCAAGUCUAAAGAACACUUGCAAUUCUCCUUUCAAUUUGAUACUGAAGACAUUGAAGUGUUUGGCUUGGGAAGUGAAAAAGACAGAGAAAGACAAGCAAGAGAAUGGAAGUUUGAAAAACAAGAAGCAGAAAGAAGAGCAAGCUUAAAUAUGCGUCAAUCAGAUGGUAAUUUAGAUAAAGAGUUGUUAAAAAUGGCUGGUAUUAUUGACGAAAAUAGACAAGAACGUUGAAAAUAAUAUGGUUUAUGCAAAUAAAAUAAAAUAAAAAAGAAUGAUGCGUAUAAAUGUAUGUAUAAAUGUAUAUGAAUUAAAUCUUCAU